AUAAAGAAAGUUCUCUUAAAUAAUGGCUAAAUUAAGGAAGUGAGUUGAGCUUUCUUUUCCCCCGUUUGUCCUGAUGAUCCCAGGUUGUAUACUUGAAGAAAUCCCUUCAAACCGACCUCUGCUUAAAAAAAUUCCCACUUCGUUUACUUCUUUCUGCAGCGUCAUUGAUUUGAUCUGGCUUCAUCAUUAAGCCUCUUCUGUUAAUUCAAGUAUUGGGUUCCUCUAAAAAUCUGAUCUUUAGCUUAAUUCAGCUGCAAAUAUUUGAUUUUUCACCGAGAAGGAAAUUCAAGAAGUGGGUUUUCUCUAAAAGUCUUCUUUUGAUACGAAGGUGCGGGCGGGGUAUUGUGAAAUCUGAGGUUUGUAGUGAUGAUCCAAUUGCUAUUUCUGGUGCUUUUUGCCGAGGGGGCUGUAGCGUUCCUUCUAAUGGUGAAGAUUGGGCCAUUGAGAGAUCUGGCUAUGAGAAUGCUGGACCAGCUUAAGACUGGUAAAGGUCCAGCCACAGUGAAGACGCUGGCUUGCACAAUGUCAGUGAUCCUGUUAUCGAGCAUUGCGAGCAUUGUUAAGAUCCAGAAUAGAGGGUUGAAGCUCGGGACUGUGACUCCAAUGGAUCAGGUUCUGUGGAGGACUCAUCUUCUUGAGGCUUCUCUUAUUGGUUACACUCUUUUCCUUGCACUUGUUAUUGAUCGAUUACACCACUACCUCAACAAAAUGCUCACUCUUCGGAAAACAGCGUCUUCUUCGAGGGAAGAAGUAGAAAGACUUAGAAGAGAUUCCAAAGAAAAGGAGGACAAAUCAUUGAAUGAGGUGAAGAAGCUCAAGGAUGAAAUUAGUAGCCUAAAUGAAAAGUUACGAAAGCUCAAAUUGGAAUCUAAAGAGCAAGAGAAAAGAGCCCAAGAAGCUGAAGCCCAUGUUUCCUCUCUACAGAAGCAGUCUGAAGAAUUGCUUCUCGAAUAUGAUCGCCUUUUGGAAGAUAAUCAAAUUCUUCAGGGUCAAGCUUUGUCCUUGAGAGGAUGAGAACUUCAUGGAAGUAACGGAGAGAAAAAAGGUUAAAGUUUCUUGUUGGUGGAAACUAUGUUUGAUCUUCGCGGUUUUCUUUUAGUGGUGCUGUAAAUUUUAACGUACAUAAUUGAAUUGGUUCUGAACAUGGAUAGCAGUGAUUUUACAUUAAGUGUGUUGUGAUCUGGUUCUCAGUAUUAUUAAUGUAAGUCUCUUCAUGAAAGUUAAUGCUUCCUUUUUU